GCUAUUACUGCGGCAGGGUGGGUGGUAAUGUCUUGAAUUGGUGGAUCCUCCGACACAGUUAAGAACAUGCCAGUGCCGGGCUGCUGCUAAUGGGAGCUCCUGAUCCACCAUGAGUGCUCGUGAUGGCGUUGGUGGCAUGGGCACCCUGGGUCGUCGGCCGCGCUUCGAGAACUCAGAGUUAACCGUGCGCAUCUACCCAGGCGCCCUGGCAGAAGGCACAAUCUACUGCCCAAUCAGCGCCCGCAAGACCACCACAGCCGCUGAAGCCAUUGAACGUGUCAUUGAACGGCUCAAGUUGGACCGCUCCAAGUUUUAUGUUCUGGCUGAGGUGAAAGAAUUUGGAGGUGAAGAAUGGAUUCUGAACCCCAACGACUGUCCCGUGCAGAGGAUGAUGCUCUGGCCCCGUAUCGCACUAGAGCACCGGCCGCUGUCAGGUGGCGAGGAUUACCGCUUCCUGCUAAGGGAGAAGAAUCUGGAUGGCUCGAUUCACUAUGGCGGCAGCCUUCAGAUGUGGCUGCAGGUCACACAGGAGCGCAGGCGCCUGAUGGAGCGUGGACUGCUGCCACAGCCUGAAUCUCAGGGUGACCACGCAGAUAUGUGCUGCCUGCCAGAGCUCAACGAGCGCACGCUGCUGGACAACCUGCGCUCGCGCUUCCGCCAGGAAAAGAUCUACACUUACGUUGGAAGCAUCCUCAUCGUCAUUAACCCCUUCAAAUUCCUGCCCAUCUAUAACCCCAAGUAUGUGAAGAUGUAUGAUAAUCAUACACUGGGAGAUUUGGAGCCACAUAUUUACGCCGUGGCGGAUGUGGCUUACCACGCCAUGCUGCAGAGACAGAGGAAUCAAUGCAUUGUUAUAUCUGGGGAGAGCGGCUCUGGGAAGACGCAAAGCACAAACUUCCUCAUUCAUCAUCUGACUGCUCUCAGUCAGAAGGGUUUUGCUAGUGGAGUGGAGCAGAUCAUCUUGGGGGCGGGGCCAGUAUUGGAGGCAUUUGGGAAUGCAAAGACAGCACAUAACAACAACUCCAGUCGCUUUGGGAAGUUCAUUCAGGUGAACUACCAGGAGAGCGGCACUGUGAGAGGAGCUUACGUGGAGAAAUACCUCUUGGAGAAGUCAAGACUGGUCUAUCAAGAGCACAAUGAACGAAACUACCAUGUGUUUUACUACCUGCUGGCAGGAGCAAGUGAAGAAGAGAGGAAAGCCUUUCACCUCAAGAAGCCUGAAGAAUACCAUUACCUCAGUCAGAUGUCAAAGACAAGCCACCAACGUCAUUGGGAGAGUUACUGUGAGAGUGAGCCGGACUGCUUCAAUGUAGAAGGAGAGGACCUGAAGCAUGACUUUGAGAGGCUUCAGCUGGCCAUGGAGAUGGUGGGCUUUCUUCCUGCCACACGCAAGCAGUGA